GACCAGAAAUCCUUCGACCACCUGACUUGCAUGAAUCACUUGCACUGGAAGUGGAGUGUCAACGUCUGGCUAUCUCCCCGUAAAUUUCUGAACGAGCGGAUUAGGGAGCAACGCCGGACCCAACUUGAGGCUUCUUUCUGUGGGGAUUAUCGGGGAGAUAAUGCUCAAAUCUUUCUGCAAGCACUCGGUGUUUACGACAAGAUAUAUGAUAGCAGCCUAUAUUACGGACGCAGCAUUCCCAUUUUGCAAUCAAGCGGAACGGGAAAAUCACGACUGGUAGCAGAAGUGUUGAAAAACGUGCGUCGCAAUCAACAGAUCUCUCCAGCUGGGCUCUGCUGAACACUUGGCUUAAGUAUUUGCUUCCGCGACUCGAACAGUCCGGAGGCCAGCUGGCCUCCGCGAGAUGAGGCCAUGUGUCGAUUCGAGUAUUUAGUAUGUUUGAUUAAGGCAAUGCACUGACCGAUCCCGUUAG